CCUUCCACGGGAGGUUGCAUGGUUGCACACGUAGCUGAUAUGCCCCCAAACAAAGUUCCUAACAGUUGGCAACAGCUGAGGAGGAGCUCACCUUAAGAGUAGAUAGUAGAGAGUUGUUUACAGCGAGGUGCACGUACCAGAAAUAACUGGUUUCAGGAGAAGGCAGACACCAAGACAACUCCCUGGCAGACCUUCAAGCAAGGAGCCGCACGGAAGGUCACUCGGUCGCAGGGAGCGGCGAAGGCAGGGCGCAGUGGCAGUGCUCGCGGGUGUGAUUUAAAGAGAAUACAGAAAACACGUCACCAUGACUGAUAACAGGGUUUACCGAACCCGUACCUUGGGUAUCCCAGCUGUAGGCUUGAAAGAUCAGUAUGCAGAUGGCACAGCAGCCAAGCUAUGGGAACUGUAUAUUGGAGACAAGAACAAGAGGACUGACAUUUACAGAGACUUCAUUGUGAGCAUGCUUAGAAAGAACAAUUGCAAGAAUGUUCUCGAUGUUGCCUGUGGUACUGGAGUGGACAGUAUCAUGUUGCUGGAAAAUGGUUUCAAAGUGACCAGUGUGGACUUGUCAGACAAGAUGCUGAAGUAUGCUUUGAAAACCCGCUGGAAGAGACGCAAGGAGCCAGCCUUUGAUGACUGGGUUAUUGAAGAGGCAAAUUGGUUAACCCUUAUAGAUGACAUUGAAGGCAUUGGUACAUUUGAUGCUGUAGUCUGCCUAGGAAAUUCCUUUGCUCAUCUUCCAGAUAUGGCAGGAGAUCAGUCUGAGCAUAAGCAAGCCAUAAGCAACUUUGCACAGAUGGUGAAACCAGGGGGAAUACUUGUCAUUGAUCAUCGCAACUACGACCAUAUUAUUGACACUGGCUCAGCACCAACACACAAUAUAUAUUAUAAUAGUGAGCAUGUGCAGGAUAUCAAGACAUCAGUUCUGUAUGUGAAUGGGAAGGCCUCACUUGUCACACUUGACUACGUGAUGGAUGUUGGUGAAGCUAAGAGGUGUGAAACAGAUUCGGAGAUUGCCAAGAAAGGCAGAUUAGAAGGACAAACAAGGAGUAACUUCCGCUUGUCAUACUACCCUCAUCGUGUUGCACGGUUUGGGGAGAUUCUCAUGGAAGGUUUCGGCGCAGGAGCAAAACACCAAGUCUAUGGAGAUUUCAAGCCAGUUGGAGAAAUUGAAGACCCAGCUUUCUACAUUCAUAUAAUUUCCAAAAAAUCAUAAUGUACAGAUCAAUGGUGUCCCCUGUCCCUGUGAAUAUUCUCAGGGGACAGCAAAGGCAAUCAUUCCCUGUGACGUUGGCUGUGGGCUUAAAUGUUGAGUACUCUUAUGGCUAAGGAUUGAAUACAUGUAAAGUGCUUUAUUAAUUGGUGAAUUUUCCAUCAUACAAGUGUAUGACCUAGUCACAAAUUGAAUGCUUAUUUUGGUUGGUUAUUCAGAUUAAUGAAAUAAGUGUGAUGAAAGUGAGAUGACAAUUCUCUUUACAAGGAACAAGAAUUCAGUAUAUUCCCUUAGUUGCUGCCUUCUCUGCAAUAUUGUGUCCUAUUGUGUUACCUGGUUUACUUUUUAAUGUACUCGUAUGUGAAGAAUACUCAUGAGGUACUUUGCAUGUUUAUGACUUUUGUGUGAAACUUGUUAGGAGUAUUCUAUGUAACACAAGACAUCACAUAUAAAGAGAGCAUAAACUUAUUGCAUUUUGCAAUGACACAUUUUGUGGUGUGCAUUUCCGUGUCAUAGUGAACAUUUGACCAUGACAUUGUCUUAGCAGUAAGCAUGCCCUAUCUAAUAGAGAUAAGUUGAAUCAGUAUCCUAUUCUCUGUUAUAUUAAUGGGAGUAUAGGAACCCAAGUGCCUCAGUUGUGUUAGGAAUCUUACUGGGAGUUUCUGUCAUAAUAGGGAUGGAAGGUAUAGUUAUCUUUAUUUUUGAGUAGUUUUUUUAUGGUAAAAUUAUUACCAUUUUUAUUUUCCUCAUAUUUUUGGUUAAAAGUUCCUUGGUGUUAUUAAUUAAUAUUUGCUUUACAGCACUUCUAGUUGAGGUAAAUGAAAUACCACUAUAUAUAUAUUUUAUUAAUAUUGUUAUUUUUAUUAUUUUUAUUUUUGUUAUUGUGAUUAUUGCUGUAUUGUUAAUAUUGUUAUUGGUAUUAUUGUUAUUAUAUGAUUUUUUAUUAUAUAUGUAUAUUUAGUAGUAUGUAUACAUACAGUGAGUGUGUAUAUAUAUCCAAAUAUUAUUGGCAUUACUAUUUGUUGUACUUAGUGGUUUUAUUAUUUUAUGUUAUUUCAUAGUAUAUUCCAAAGCAACUUUCAUGCCCUAAUUUUUGAGAUGUGUAAAUGCCCAUUAACAUAUUUCCCUCUGAUUAAGAAAUGGUACUUCAGUUUCUGAGUAGUUAUCAGUUCAAGUUUUAUUGUCAUCAGUACAUUGUAAAACAGCAUUUUAUUGGCAAGAGACUGUGGCACACUUGAUCUCUCUAAGUGAAGAUUUAGGCUUUUGUUAUUGCUGGCCUGGUAACCAGUGUAGAGAGACCUAUAAUGGCAUCGUUUUCUUGGUGUCUCCAUUAUUCUUCAAGGCUUGAAGUUAAUGAUCCAGAUUUUACUGGAUAUUAUCCAUAAGUGUUUCAUAAUCGUGUACAGUGAUUGGGAGUGGGUUGUGUGUGUGUGAAGCUUUUUUUUUUUUCUUUCCCAAGGUUAGAAGUAUUAACCUUUUCUUUUAUAAUCUUUUUAACUGUUCAGUAAAUGAACUAAGAAUUUAUGCUAUCUUCGUAGUUUAUCUGAAUAUACAUUUUAUAUUAUCUGUGAGGUGGCAAAGGCUGUAUUGUCAUGCAGAAACAUUUUAUUUUUUAUCCAUAUAAUGAUCAACAUUCCAUGAUUUUGUAGGGUUCUAUAUAUAAAAUAAAAUUAUAUACAAAA